AAGUAUUGGAAUCCUUCGAAACACACUAUCGACGAAAGCAGCGAGUGCCUAUAAAUAACUGAGAUUCUUGACAGAAGAAAUGGAGAUGAAGAUGUUCGUUUUACUGCUCAGUGUGUGCAUUUAUGGAACAAGUGGGAUUGCUGGGCCGGGGUGGGAAAAAUACAAUGGACAUUGGUAUUAUCACAAUACUCAGCGACUCAAUUGGAUUGGAGCCCAGUUGUACUGCCGAACUCUAGGUGGGAAUUUGGUACACAUCAACGAUGCCCAGGAGAACAACUGGUUAGCUUCUAAGUACACAACAGAACCCACAUGGAUUGGAGUUACUGACCAAGGAGGCGAAGAUAACUGGCGGUCAAUUACCACGGGAGAGAACGUACCGUACACCAAUUGGUCCACAAACAACCCCGACAACAACCAAGGAACUCAGCAUUGUGGGACACUGAACUGGAAUGGUAACGGUUACUGGGACGACGAUACCUGUACGGAUGAAUUUCCCUUCAUCUGCGAAGUAGGAGGUUGCUGAUACCGAAUAAGCAGAGGACCUGCGGCCAUGUAACAGUAUAUGUGCAUAAUAAAAUAUAAUUGCAAAA